UGGUAUAUUUUUGAUCAAAGGUUUUCACAAGGCGUAUGUAAUCAUCACCGCGGUCACGUGACAAGUCGCUGACCAAUCGACGUUUGUCCAAAUCUUCACAGAGGAUUUAAUCGCUCGCUUCAGCUUCAGGGUUAAAGACAGGUCAUCACAGCUGUGAAACAAGCUAACAGUGUGGAAUUGCUGCUGAAGAAGUGACAAUGGAGGGUUAUUAUAUUCAUGUUGCAAACAAACUCCAUUCAACAAGAUUAGGCACCAAUGUCAAGGCUAAAACAUGUGAUGUCCGAGAACUGAAGACUGCAUGUUUCUGGAGGGCGGUUUAUGCCGAGUUCCUUGGGACGCUGCUGCUGACGUUUGUUGGGUCUGCAUCUGUGCUCUUUGAUGGCAACAAAAUUACGAUUUCUAUGACCUUUGGCCUCGCUAUCAUGACGUUGAUACAGAUGAUCGGUCACGUGUCUGGAGGUCACGUCAACCCCGCCAUCACCAUCAGCUUCGUGGUGGCUCAGAACAUCUCCGUCAUCCGGGGACUGUUGUACAUCCUGGCCCAGUGCUGCGGAAGUAUCGUGGGUGCAUACAUUCUGAAGGCCGUCACACCUGAGCUGCACCGGGGCUACCUGGGUGCUGCGUACGUCAACACCGACCUCGGGAUCACGCAGUUCCAGGGGGCGGUCGUGGAGUUCUUUCUGGCCUUCACCCUCAUCAUGACCAUUCACGCCACAAUUGACCCCAACAAACCCAACAUGGGAAGUCACUCUCUGGCCAUAGGUCUGACUGUCGGCAUGCUGCACUUCUCAGGGAUCUCCUACACCGGAGCCAGCAUGAACCCCGCUUGGUCCCUGGGGCCAGCAGUCGCCAUCAACUUCUGGAAGGACCACUGGGUAUACUGGGCAGGGCCAAUACUUGCGGGGACGGUGGCAUCUCUCGUUUACAAGUAUACCAUCAACCCCUAUAGAGGUGUACCCACGAUGGAAGAAGCCGUGCAAACACUACUUCAAGAUCAGUCGUUCAUCGUUGUGCCACGAGAAUACGUAAAGGUCGAAAAGAAGAACGACGUUAAAGAGUUCACUCAACUGUGACGUCACGUCCUGUUUGUCACAUAAUGGAUGAAUUGUGGAUUCCACUGAAACUGUCCAUUACGUCAUCGGCCUGGCAUUCUGUAACGGAUGAGCGAAUCUAAACUCAAAUUCUGCGUCACACCAGUAGGUGAUGUCUUCAACAACAGAAUUCAGCUAUAUUCCGAAAGAAAAACAAUCCUCGAUAAGAGUUUUUUUUCUUGGUUUUGGUUUGGUUUGUUGGUUAACGCCGCACUCAGCAAUAUUCCAGCUAUAUGACGGCGGUCUGUAAAUAAUCGAGUCUGGACCAGACAAUCCAGUGAUUGACAACAUGAGCA